AUGGCGACUACAUUGACAGGCGGAAAUCAACACGUCAUCAAGCUUCCAAAUACCUCAACGGAUGAACCGUCUGACCUACGAACUAUUGCUGAAGAAUGGCUCACGAGUCUCGAAGAUCAACUAGCUCACCCAGAGCAGUUGAAGAUCACCGAUCUAUUCCACAAUGAUUCUUGGUGGAGGGACAUGUUGGCUUUGGACUGGGAUAUGCGGACUGUGCAGACAGCCAAUGAGAUUCAGGACUUCUUGUUCAAGCGACAACCAAUUGCGAAGCUUUCCAAGCUUCGUCUUCAGGAUACAGGCAAGUUUCAACCACGAUUGGAGCAGGUUGUUGAUGGUCUAGCAUGGAUUUCUUCCAUGUUCUUCUUUGACAGUGCUGUUGGUACGGGUACAGGAAUGUUGCGCUUAACACGAGCGGAUGACGGGUCGUGGAAGGCCUAUGCUGUCUAUACUUCGUUGCAAGAACUACAUUCUGCCCAAGAACCUUUGGGUAAGCUACGUGCAGACGGGACAACAGAAUCAAUGCCUGGUUGUAUUGCGGGAGGUACUUGGAUUGAACGGAGAACCCGCCAGAAAGACUUUUUGGACGAGGACCCAACAACCUUGGUCGUGGGUGCUGGCCAAGCUGGAUUGAAUAUGGGUGCGCGGCUGCAGAGCGUGGGUCUCUCUUGUCUGAUUAUUGACAAAAAUGAGCGUGUUGGUGAUAACUGGCGCCACCGGUAUCGGACACUUGUCACCCACGACCCAGCAGAAUUCACGCACAUGGCCUAUUUGCCUUUCCCACAAAACUGGCCGCAGUUUACACCGAAGGACAAGCUAGGGGACUGGUUCGAAGCCUACGCAAGUAUCAUGGAGCUGAAUAUAUGGAUGCAGACAUCAAUUGUUUCGGCGGAUUACGAUGAGACGGCCAGGCAGUGGACCGUUGUUCUUACUCGUGGUGACGGCUCGCAGCGUACUCUACACCCUCGCCAUGUUAUAUGGUGUACAGGGCACUCGGGUGAAGCAAAGGUACCCUCCUUCGUGGGGCAAGAGUCCUUCAAGGGCGAGGUAUACCAUGGGAGUCAGCAUCGUGAUGCUUCAGAAAGUGAUGUCCGUGGCAAGAAGGUCAUUGUCGUUGGUACUGGUAACAGUGGCCACGACAUCGCUCAGAAUUUCUACGAAAACGGUGCAGACGUCACAAUGCUGCAGCGCAGCGGUACUUAUGUCUUGACAGCCGAUAAAGGUGUCUUCAUGAUGCAUAAGGGUCUCCAUGAAGACGGAGGUCCCCCAACAGAAGAAUGUGACAUUGUCGCCGAAAGUCUCCCCUGGCCAGUCCAACUUGCAUUGAGCGUACACAUGACAAAACGUAUCGCCGAAGCCGACAAGGAUACCCUCGAGGGACUCCGAAAAGCCGGCUUUGAACUCGACUUCGGGCAAGAUGGGGCUGGUAUUGCACGCGCAUACUUCACACGCGGCGGUGGAUACUAUAUUGACGUCGGGUGCAGUCAGCUUAUAAUCGAUGGCAAGGUCAAGAUCAAGCACAACCCAGGGGGCAUCAAUGGCUUUGGAGAAGACGAGCUGCAACUAGCCGAUGGAGACUCGCUGCCAGCAGACAUUGUGGUACUUGCUACUGGAUACGAUAAUAUGCGCACGACUGUGAGAAAGGUCUUGGGUGACAAGGUCGCUGAUCGAUGCUCCGAUGUUUGGGACUUGGAUAACGAAGGAGAAGUUCAGGCUAUGUGGCGCCCCAGUGGUCACCCGGGCUUCUGGUAUUUUGGUGGAAAUCUCGCAUUGUGUCGCAUCUAUUCUCGGUUCUUGGCGCUUCAGAUCAAAGCCGUGGAGUCUGGUCUGUCCCCAGGAGUCCGACAGUGA